UAGCAGGUUUCAGACGGGCCGUCCAGUAGAUCAGUAACCAUGUUGACCGCACUUGUUCUGUUGUGUCUCGGAGCCUUUCUUCUGUGCUUGCAGUUUAGAAUUCGGCGACCCAAAAACUUCCCCCCUGGACCCACUCCUGUUCUGUUUUUUGGAAAUUUGCUUCAACUGGACCGCACAAACCCAUUAAAGGACUUUGACAAGUUUGCUCAGCGCUAUGGGUCAAUCUACGGGCUGUUCAUUGGUAGCCAGCCAGCCGUGGUGUUGACAGGUCAGAAAAUGAUCAGACAGGCACUGAUCACACAAGCGGCGGAGUUUGCUGGCAGAUCAGACAACAUGAUGGUCAGCCAUGUAACAAGUAACAAAGGGGUGAUCAUGGCAAAUUAUGGAGAAAGUUGGCGAGAACAUCGACGCUUUGCUCUAACCACACUGAGGAACUUUGGCCUUGGAAAGAGAAGUAUGGAGCAGAGGAUUCUCGAGGAGGUCAAAUAUAUCUGCUCACAUUUGGAGGAAUCUGCUGGAAAGUCAACUGACCCUGAACAUCUGUACCACCAAGCUGCUUCAAACAUCAUUGCCUCAAUCAUUUUUGGGUCUCGAUUCACUUAUAAGGAUGAAUAUUUCCAGACAUUGAUCACAAACAUUGAAAAACUCACUAAGAUUGUCAUUGGACAAUGGGCAAUGCUCUACGAAAUAGCCCCAGUGUUAAGGAUUUUCCGACUGCCAUUCUGCAAGGCUUUUCAUUAUUUUGCGGGAAUUGAAAAUCACAUUCUUAAAGUUGUGAAUGAGCACAAGAAGUCACGUGUUACUGGGGAGCCCAGAGACCUGAUUGACUGUUACCUGGAGGAGAUGGAGAAAAGAGCAGAUCAACGCACCACAUUUGACGAUUCACAGAUGGUCACUUUGCUGUUUGACCUGUUUGUGGCUGGAACUGAAACAACCUCAAACACACUCCGCACUUUAACCCUCUAUUUGAUGACCCACACUCAUAUACAGGAACAAUGUCAGCGGGAGAUUGAUGAAGUCCUUGGUGAUCGUGAACAUGUCACAUUUGAGGACAGAAAUGCCAUGCCUUAUGUUCAAGCAGUGAUUCAUGAGGGUCAGCGUGUUGCUGACAUUGUUCCUCUUAGUAUGUUUCACACUGCCACAACCAAUGCUCAGCUCUGGGGCUACAACAUCCCAAAGGGGACAAUUAUCAUCCCCUAUCUUUCAUCUGCUCUCAGAGAGGAAAGUCAGUGGAAGUUUCCCCAUGAAUUCAACCCUCAAAACUUCUUGAAUGAUAAGGGGGAGUUUGUGAAGCCCGAUGCAUUCAUGCCUUUCUCUGCAGGAUCUCGUGUCUGUUUAGGAGAAAAUCUAGCUCGCAUGGAGCUCUUCCUCAUCCUGGUCACGGUGCUGCGGCGAUUCCGUCUGGUCAGGCCAGAGGAUGCAGGAGAACCGGACUUCAAAUUUAUAUAUGGUGGGACACAGUCAGUGAAACCUUACCAUCUGACUGUACAACUACGUACACCUGGGCAGACUUGUAAAUCUGUUUACUGAACAUAUGUCGCCCUUCAGUGACAACAUGCCCCAAUAGUGGGUUGUGUUGUCACACUAUAGAUCACACAGGGUAAAUUAUGACAAUGGCAUCUGUUUCUGUUCUAUUAAACAUAGUAAUUGUUAACGUUUCAGC